CUAGCUCCAACGCAUGACUUGUUUCAGUAACAUCAAAGAUGUAAUUCGGGAACAAACCAUCAUCGAUGCAUGCAUUGGUCUGGAGUACAAGUAAGGAACGUAGUUAGCGCCCACAACUAUCAUCUUGAUCAGAGACGUACGUAAUUUGGGUAGUGUCAGUCACAUCUUCCUAACCUCAGACCACAACUUGGACUGUUCAACUCGUCGAUGGUGCAUAUACCAGUAUGCUUAAGUUGCUGUUCGGCUGCUAGACGCUCCUCACUCUAUCCUCGGAACCGCGCAUCAGCCCUACCAUCUUCCAUCUUCCCACAGGAUUGCAAAACCAAGCUCCCCGCUGGAAACAAAAUCGAAGAUGAAUGGAAUCAAUGAUCC